AUGCCGCCCUUCAAGGACGAACACAUUCUGUUAAUUGCGCCAGGUUCGCAAACGACCCUGGCGCAGUUGGGUCUGCCCGAAUCCUUCACUCCCGCCCGUUAUCGGUUCCCUACGCGCAUGUUCCCUGCAGAAAAGAAAGGAGAGUUUGAGCCGUACAAAGUGCGCGAGAAACGACGCGAGGUCAAGGCGACCAAUGGCGCCGACAAGGAGGAUGUGGAAAUGAAGGACGCCCCGCCGGCAGGAGCCGAGAAUGCGGAGCAGACUCAGCCAUCAGAACAACCAGCAGAACAAUCAGCGGAGCAAUCGGCAGAGCAAUCGGCAGAGAAACCGGCAGAGCAAUCAACGGAGCAGUCAGCAGAGCAAUCAGCAGAGCAACCAGCAGAGCAACCAGCAGAGCAACCGGCAGAACAGCCAGCAGAACAACAGGGCGAAGGCCAAGAUGGCACCGAUGCGAAUGGUGCAGAAGAGCCGAAACAGCAGGAGCCACAAGAGGAAAUCGUGUACGAGGAGGAUCUCAUGUCGGAUGAGGGCGCUGUGUACCCGAUCCAGAACGGACAGAUCGUUGACUGGCCAUGCUUUCUCGCUCUCUUGACGCACAUCUAUAACACUCUCAGUCCGCCCUUCCAUACGCCCAUUAUACUUAUAGCUGAACCCGUUUGGUCAGCUCGAGAUCGAGAGAUCUUGACACAGUUCAUCUUUGAAAAGUUCAAGACGCCCGCCUUCUGCCUUAUGGACGCUGCGCUGGCUGCUUGCUACGCCUAUGGAACGUCGACUGCCACCGUUAUCGAUGUCGGACAUGGGAAGGCGGACGUGACCGCCGUCACCGACUUUAUCGUCCAGGAGCAUGGCAGGGGCAUCGCCCUCAAGGGUUGCGGAGGCGAGGCUAUGACCGACCGGCUGGAGGAGUUGCUGAAGCCGAAAGGAUUCACAAGGGAGAUGUGCGAGCAACUCAAGAGAAGCAAUAUCACCGAGAUCCUUCCUCCGGGGACCCCUCUCCCGGGGUCAGCUGCGAACGGCGAUCAGAGUGGCAACCCCGCUGCUGAAGCUUCAACAGGCGGGCCUGAUGGCCAAACGAAAUCCUCACUUCCCCGAGGGCCUGGACACAAUACUCAGGUCGGUACGGAAGGUGGCGGCGAUCCCGAUGAGGAAGAAGGAGUCCUCAAUGUUGCUGCUAUUGUCACCGGUGGCAACACGAGCGAGUACCUCGCGAGGCGAGAAAGAGAAAAGGCAGAGAAGGCCGCAAGCAAGAAAGGAGGCGGUGGAGAUCAGGUCAAUAAGCCAGUCCGUCUCCCCAAUUCCAAAAAGGAGAAGGCAACCUUCCAGUUUGAAGAGUUUGUGCGGAUCGACGACACGUCUGGACAGUACAUCCGGCAGAAACGAGAGAUCGAGGUUGGCGUUGAACGCUUUCUUCUGACGACUCCUACCAAAGAGAGAGCGGAACGCUGCAGUGACGGUAUUCUCGAGGAUCUUGCGGCGCAGAUUCACCACACCAUUAUGUCAGUCCCGGACGCGACAAAGCGGAGUGAGCUAUGGGAUUCUCUGAUCAUUCUCGGAAACGGGAGUCGGAUCAAGGGGUUCAAGGAAGCCUUGGUAUCUACGCUCACGCAAAAAUACAUGGUCUCGCCAUCUGCGACCAUGUUCACUUCCGAAAUCCCUUCGAAUCUGUCUACUCCUAUGGCUACUGGCGGCACCAACACACCAGCCAAUCCAGGCCAGACUCCAGGACCUAUGCAUCAUCCCGCUGCACAUGGCGUGAACCCCCUGCUCGUCGCCGCGACCCAUGCCAAUGCGCCGGCUUCUGCAACUCCGGGUAACAACGAUCCAGCCACGGCUGCACAGCACCGAUCGCAUUCGCAGACACCGACUUCGAUCAAAACUCUGAAACCACCGGAGUACUUCCCUGAGUGGAAAGACCAGGGUGGUAGCAACGCUCCCGGAGCAACAGGGGCAGGUGGUACCGCCACCGCCAGCACCGGACCGGCCUCCACAACUGGUCGGGGAAUGGAGGAGGCUAUCUUUCUUGGGGCGCAGGUCGCCGCAAAGGUCAUCUUUGUUCUCGACCAGGGUCUCAGCAAGGGCUUCCUGAGCCGGGUGGAAUACAACGAGAGCGGCCCGACCGCCAUUCACGAGUUUUCUCUCGCAUGA